GCGCCGGGCGGGGAGGGGGCUGUGUCCUCGGGGGGCGUGGGGGGGCUGAGGGAUUUCCUCCCCCCUAUUGUUCUCGUCCCUCCGCGCCCCCCAUUAAUCCCCCCUCAAUCUGGGGCGGGGGGACCCCCCCCAGUCCAGCCGGUCCAUGGUGAGGCGGAGGCGCCGGCAGCACCCAGAGAAUGGUGAAUAACACUGAAGACCCUCAAGAGGCUUUGUAGCGUCCCAUCCUCAUGUAAAGUAUGCUCAGAACUUUUCCAGUAGUCUUGCUGGAAACCAUGUCUCACUACACAGACGAGCCAAGAUUCACCAUAGAGCAGAUCGACCUCCUGCAGCGCCUGAGACGCACGGGAAUGACCAGGCAUGAGAUCCUGCACGCCCUGGAAACCUUGGACCGCCUGGACCAAGAGCACAGCGACAAAUUCGGGAGGAGAUCUGGCUACGGGGGCGGCUCCUACAGCAACAGCACCAACAACGUGCCGGCAUCGUCCUCCACGGCCACGGCUUCCACGCAGACCCAGCACUCCGGGAUGUCGCCGUCCCCGAGCAACAGUUACGACACCUCCCCACAGCCUUGCACUACAAAUCAGAACGGGAGGGAGAGUAACGAGAGGUUGUCAGCCUUCAACGGGAAGAUGUCGCCCACCCGCUACCCCCUGGCCAACAGCCUGGCCCAGAGGUCCUACAGCUUCGAGGCUUCCGAGGAGGACUUGGACAUCGACGACAAAGUGGAGGAGCUGAUGAGGAGGGACAGCAGUGUGAUAAAGGAGGAAAUCAAAGCCUUCCUCGCCAACCGGAGAAUUUCCCAAGCAGUUGUUGCACAGGUAACAGGUAUCAGUCAGAGCCGGAUCUCCCAUUGGCUGUUGCAGCAGGGGUCAGACCUGAGUGAACAGAAGAAAAGGGCAUUUUACAGAUGGUACCAGCUUGAGAAGACAAAUCCUGGGGCUACACUAAGCAUGAGACCAGCUCCCAUCCCAAUAGAAGAGCCAGAAUGGAGACAGACACCUCCCCCAGUCACAGCUACCUCUGGGACCUUCAGACUACGGCGAGGCAGUCGGUUCACGUGGAGAAAGGAGUGCCUGGCUGUUAUGGAGAGUUACUUCAAUGAGAAUCAAUAUCCUGACGAGGCAAAGAGAGAAGAAAUUGCCAAUGCCUGUAAUGCAGUUAUACAAAAACCAGGAAAAAAGUUGUCGGAUUUGGAGCGAGUCACCUCCCUCAAAGUGUACAACUGGUUUGCCAACAGGAGGAAGGAGAUCAAGAGAAGAGCCAAUAUUGAAGCAGCAAUCCUGGAGAGCCAUGGGAUAGAUGUACAGAGUCCAGGAGGUCAUUCCAACAGCGACGACGUGGACGGCAACGACUACUCAGAGCAGGACACUUGGCAAGUACGCAACGGGGAGGAGGAGGGACGAUGUUCCGAGGGAGGCAGAGAAGCAGAGAAGGUAGAAGAAGACAGGAGGAUCUGCUCCAAACAAGAUGACAGCACUAGCCAUAGUGACCACCAAGACCCCAUUUCCUUAGCUGUGGAGAUGGCAGCAGUCAACCACACCAUCCUGGCGCUGGCCCGGCAAGGAGCCAACGAGAUCAAGACAGAGGCUCUGGACGACGACUGAUGCCAAGGAGAGGGGAGGGUCCAAGCAGAAGUAACUUAGUUUUAGACGUAGCACCUUAGCAGACUUUCCUCGGUCCUUAAUAUGUGUUCUUACAGUAUAACUUUGCAGUUUCUUGUACGUCAGUUAGCUGUUAGGGUCUUGUUCUGUGAAGAUGGCAUGGUGCCCUCAGCCUUUGCAUAUACUCUCUCAGUAUUAAUUCCCAAUAAAUAAUCAAUCAACCAACCAACCUCCCUCUCCCGGCCCCCAGUGGCUAGAAAGGUAAAAUCAAAAAACAAAAAAAAGGAAAAAAAAAAAAAAAAGGUGAAAAAAAAAAAAAAUCUUGCUGCUCUGUCUUAGCAUUCAAAGUGCUUCCAGGUAUUUUAGACAGCCCUCAAUUACAAGUCUUAGGCUACACUUAAAAUCUUGGAUAACCUUAGAGAUGGUGUUGAGACCGAUAGUCCGUGCACUUUCCCUGCCCUGAGACUGAAGGGAUGCAAGCUGAGGUAGUGGCACAGGGUCCAUGGACACCAGGCCGGGAGUACCACCAGAGAGUAAAAAGAACACUUAGAAACCCCACUCCAGCAUGGGAAUAAAUGAUUUCCAGCUGCAAUAAGCCGUGCCUCACUGCUCAUACAGUGACUUUCCUUUCGGGUGCUGUGCUGAGAAUGUCCAUUGGAAACACAUUCCCACAUUUCAGUCGAUGCUCACAUGUCCAACACAGACAUCCUCUGCUCUCACAAGCUGCGUGGCUUAGUGGAGAAGUGCUGCCUUCUGCCUCUGGGACCAUGGUUGAAGCCCAGCCUUGGGAUCAAAUGAAAAAAAAGGAGCUGAAUGUCUAAUGGACAACAGUCCGCUUCUCAGAACCACUGCUCGUUCUUGCCGUGGCUGGCAGUGCCUGCUCAGAAGAGGUCUAGACUCUUUAUCCACCUGUCAUUAACAAUUUCACCUUUAAUUCCUCCUCUCUCACCUUUUCUGUCCCCACCCUAUUCCCUUCCCACUUUGCCACUUUCUGAAGCAAUGUUUUCCAGGAAGGUUGUUAAGGUCAUGAAUGGGUGAGUGGAUUUUUACACGCCCGUGUAAGUAAUGCCUACGUCCUGACUAGCCUGAAAGGAGAAUUCAACACCUGACCCUUGCUAGAUAACCAUCAGAGCAUAAAUACUCUCCUAAAAAUGAACUUUUUUUGUUUGUUUGAAAGCAGGAGGAUCUCUUACCUGAGAAAUGGGGUGUGAAUGUUUUGUGUUCUCUUUACUCUGUCUUUGUUAAGGUGUGAGAAAGCUAUACUGCUACGAGCAAUUUAAUUAAUAAUUGGAAGCCAUACUGAUAAUGGAUGUGGUAAUAUUUGUAAAGCAAACCUACUCUAAGUAGCAGGAACUAAUGGAAUUUUUUUCCUUGAUCAUAUGUAGCACUUUUGUUACUUUUUUCUUAAAGAUAUUUAUAUUUGAUAAGUCUUUUUUUUAUCAUUUGAGAAUUCCAAAUACCAAACAGCAAACUUGCAUUACAGAGUCACCCUGCGAUCACCUUGUCAUCUAGUAUCUAAAUGAUGAACUGUGUGUGCAUCUAAGAAAAUUACAUCUGCUAGCAUUGUGUGGAAAUGAUCUCCUGGCAUCCUGAUAAAAUGAUCUGUUGCUGCCGGUAAGAGGAAACAUUUUGAUGGAAACAGCACGAGAAGUGUUAGAGACGGGCAGGGCUGUGUUACAUUAACAGAGAACAAAUCCAAAACCUACAGAAAUUUUUGUAUGGAGACACAGACAGAAAAUUUGCAUAGUGUUUCCUCCACAUUCCACUUUUAUCUUCCCAGUUUGGGAAUAAAAGAGGGGGAAACAGCUCAGGCUGAAGGAUGGGUUUCCCUUUGCUCCCCUCCAUUUGGAGCUGGAGCAAAGGGAAUUCCUGGUGCUUGCCUUGUUCUCAUCCCUUCCUCCCUCUUAACCUCAGAGAGCUUUGUGACCCCUCCAGGCUGAGCCCUCCAGAUCAGCUUCCCCUCUGUCCCAAAGUGCUCUCACAGGGCACUGCCCUGCCACCUCCUUGUCCCUUGGAAGAUCUGUAGGUAGGGCUUGGCCUCAGCUCCCACUUAUGGAUUUCAUUGGAAAAUUUAUGUGUUUUCCUUAGAUGUAGAUCACCAGAGCAGAAUGAAGCCGUCUGUUUUCUCUGUUUUAUUGCAUUUCUGGAGUAGAGAAAUUCAUGAGUAGUGUCAGGGUGGACUCAGGAAAGGCAGGACUGGGAUCAGUGACCAUUGCACCACUGCAGUUAUUUUCUUACUGCCUGUAUGAAUGUUUUGGUACUAAGGAGUGAAAGGAUGGGGAGAGCUUUUAUUUCUAUUUUUGCACAGCAGAAUGAUCUAGCAAACUCGAGCCUUAGUGGAAUUUUACCUACUUAUUCAUUCCACAGUCACACACUGGGCUGACAAGCAACAUCCACGAUUUAUAGUAAAGAGAUUUUAAUAAUCGAUGACCUCUUUACGUUGGGCUUGCCACCACCAUUUGUUCUGGCUGUUUCAUUUUAAAAAGAACAGACUCAAACUGUUGGACAGCUGCAAUUUUAAAAGAAAUAUUGCUUAUUGCUUACUAUAGUAUCUGUAAAAAAAAAAAAAAGGGCAUUGUUUGAGGCUUUGCCUUUUUAAAGCAAUAGGGAAGAAUAAAAAUAGUAUUAGAACUUCUGUAUCCUGAUUAUAGGUUCAUGUGAUGCAGGAUCAAAGUAACACCAGUGAAAUUGUGUGUCUGUACCAUCUAAUGUGGAAUAAUCUGCUCUUAAUUGUGUUUGUCACUGUCAGGAAGCUGCUGACAUCCCCCACCAGUAUCUUCUCUGAAGGUUAAACAGGUGAAAAACCCUUUAUGGGUGACUGGAGACUGGCAGAUCUUCCUGGGCUGUACAUAGCAGUUUUCUACCUUCCCACAUCAUCAUCUUCCCAGAGAAAAUAUCAAAUAUCUGGGGGAUCAGCCCCUUGCUUCCAUGGGGUGAGGUUUGGGGUGUGUGUUCUGGCUUCUCUUUGAGCAUCAGGAGGAAUGAAUGGCACCUCAGAGGAAGGAGUGGCACUCAGCUGUCCCCAGGGUGCUCCUGGCAGGUUGUUCCCUUCAUUCUGCAAGUUAUAAGGAGCCAUUUCAGCAGUUGGUCAGUCCCUUUUUGGUUUGAGGUGAAUUAUCUGCAGUGGGACAGGUGCUGAUGUGAUGGUACUGGCAGUGAAUGUGAUCUGGAGUAAGUGAAAGAAUCGGUGGAGGGUGUGUCCUGGAAUUCAGGAAUCCUGGAAUUCUUUCUUUUGGGGUUUUUUUCCACAAUAUGGGAGUUGUCUUUGUCAUUCUGUCUGUGGCUUUCCUUGGAAAUGAAGCCUCAUUUUGGUAGCACUGCAGUGGAGUGGCAGUUUGUUGUAGCCAGGCUGGGGUCACUGCAGUUUGUCCUCUGGGGGUUCCCUUGAAGUGGCUCUGGUGGCAGAUCCGAGCUGACUUUUUGUUCUGUGAACAGAGAAGUUAAUUUAAGAAUCUCCUCAUCUGUGAUGGUCACAGAUUGCUUUGUAGAGUGAGUUCUGGCUGAUACUUUGUCCCUCAUAAAGUCCUUUUACUUGAGUUGUUGUUCUCUGACCGUCUUCUUAAAACAACAAUUUCUACCUCCACUUCUUUUCUGGAUUUUUUUUGGUAUUGCAUUUUUGUUUUAGUUCCCCCACCCUUUUUCCUGAAGUAUGAGAUCCCAAACAUUUGCAAAAGCCUUAUGAAUUGAUAAAAAAAUCAGCAGAUUUGUUUUCUGUUGAUUUUCUGCAUACUCUGCAGACACACAUGUGGUUCUGGUGAAACCCUGUGCUGGAUGUGAGUGUGCAGUGCACCCUUGCAGCAAUUAAGGAAUCUCAUUCAGGAGGUCAUGGAAAGGGUUUAGACCCCUCUGUCCAUCAUUUGUGGGACCAUUGAGGGGGAGAUGGGAGGGCUGGAGCACAUGUCACACAGUGGGAGGUUGCAGGAGCUGGGAUUGUCCAGGCUGCCUUUGGGACAUCCCAGAUUUUUGGUUUUAACUGUCUUAAUAAAUCAGUUUUAACUUGGGAGUCCAGUGCAGGAUCAGGAGUUGGACUUUGAUGAUCCUUGUGGGUCUUCCCUUCCAACUCAGGAUAUUUUGUGAUUGCAGAGAAGACACAGCCAGGCUUUUCUCAGAGGUGCCCAGCAAAAACCUGAGGGCCAGAGGGCUAAAGUUGCAUUAAGGAAAAUCCCAGAUGAAUAUAAAUAGAAAUAUUUUCAUGCUCAGUGGUAGAAAUGGCCCAGAAAGUCAGUGAAAUUCUCAUCCUUGGGGAUACUCAAAAUUCAACUGGACAGGGUUGGAUUAGAGACCUCCAGAGUCUCUUCUGACCUAAAUCAUUCUCUGAUUCUGUGCAGACCUGCUCAGGUUGAGGUGUUCCCUAAUUCUGAUUUGUACAUGUUGUCUUGUUUAAAGAAAUUCUUUCAAUCUGUUGAGGUUUUUUUUUACUGUUUUGCUGUUCAUAAAAAUGAUCUUUGCUAGUUUACUAAUAGAGAGGAGCUUUAUUUGCAGGGUCUGGCUCCAGGCUCCAAUCAAGCCAUAAGUUAGAGAUUUCAUUAAUUAUUUGCUCUGUUUACACAGUUCUUCAGGGAUAUUUGACUUAUUCUGUUUGUUUCAUUGCCUAACAUCAGACUGGUAAGUUUUUCAUGUUUUUGUCACAUUUGUGAUUUGUAGAUCAGUUUUUGCCUUCAUUCAUGAAGACUUGUCUUUGUCUUGCUGCUGUGAGUGCAAGUGAGAAACUCCACAGGAAAAAUUGGGGUUAAUAGAAACCCACUGGUAACUACUGUGAUAAGCCAGAAAUUUUGGGUCAGUAAAUCACAAAUUGGUGAUUAUUAGGAGCUGAAAGGGUUUGAUUGGGAAAAGAAAUCAGAUUAUGCUCACUUGGAUCCCCCUUUUCUUACGCUGUUGGCCACUUCUAAGAAAAGCAAUGUGGUAUUUGAAAUAGGUUUUAUUUUUCAUGCAGAUAAACCCACUAAAAUUGGUGUAAGAAUUUUCCAAACUCAGAAUUGCUGCCUUGAUGCAGGAUGUUGGUUCCCUGUGUGUGAUCCUAACUGGAAUCCCAAAGCUGGAGUCACACUUCCCUUUGCAAAUUGCUAAAUUCAGUGUGAGACCCUGCCCAGAAUCCUGAGCUGUGGGUGUUCAGAUGGGGAUGGUUUCCAGCCCCUCCUAUGAUUAUCCCUACUCAUUUUAAUUAAUAUUUGUAAUAAUAAUGUUCCUCCUCCCACUCCAGCUCCCAUUUUCCAGUACUCAUCAGCUUCUUCCAAACUCAUUGUUUCAUUACCAGCAAAUUUUAAUUUUGUCAAAACUUUGCUCUUACUUUAUCUGAGUUUUCCCACUCAAGUAGCUCUUGCACUCUUUGAAGUUAUUUAACUAGAUAAUAUUAUUUUGAUCAAAGUCUUAAGCUUAUAGGCAAUAAUCUUUGGUUUGGUGCAGCUUUUGGCAUUUGGCAGGAAUCUUUGUUGGCAGGAUUGGUCUUAAAAUUGUGUCCCAUGUCAGUGACCUUAAUAUAUGUUCCUUACAUGGAUUUUGUGUGUUUGGAGCAGCAGUCAGGGCUUGGAUCCUGAUCCCAGCUACUUGAAUGGAAUUUUGUGGAGUUUUCACUGUGAUUCCUUGGAAGGGAAGGUUGGUGGCCUGACCAAAAAAAACCUUUGCAAUUCCCAAAAAGAGUUGCAGAGACAUUUCAAGCUAAAACAUUCUCCCUUGGGCUUUUGAGCAGCUGGGAUAUUUACUCAGGAUAUUGGAUCAGUUAUUGGCCAAAAGGGAUUUGGUACAGCCCUAAAACCUUCAUUUCAUCCUCUCUUUUCUGCUGUCAAAUUUACGGGGUUUAAACUGUCUGACUAAAGACAUUGCACAUUCAUGAAAACCAGAGGCAUUCUAGAGGUGGCAGCUACAAAUCCAAAUUUAAAAUACAUUGAAAUGAUCCUUUUUCCUCUGUGAGAAAUGUGUUACCACUGAAAGAGCGUGGUUGAAUGUUUUGAGGCCUGUCAGGAGGGUGACAGCGAUUUGAUGUUGGUUUUUGUCCAACAAA